GUACACGUACAUGUUAUAUUGCGUAGGUAAUUUCCUAUUGUCUGUCUCUAUAUCGCACUUUGUUUCAUCGUUUUCUGCCAAACUCAAAAGAAACUUCUUUUUCUCACUCUCUCCACUUUCAAUCCCUAAAACCUUUCUUCUUUUUUCUUCUGGAUUCCAAUGUUCUGAGUGAUUUUUGGUGUUGGUUCAGUUAUAAAAAAUUUAACUCUUAGAACAAAUACCUAUCAGCAACUUCCUAGGUUGUGAUAAUAAAAUGCAGUUAUAUCAUCAUCCGUUUGAUUUGGACAGCCAGAAGGUGAGACUUGCAUUGGAAGAAAAAGGCAUUGAUUAUACAUCUUUCCAUACCAAUCCUGUAACUGGCAAGAAUUUGGAUUCCUUAUUCUUUCAGAUGAAUCCGAGUGGAAGCCUCCCUGUUUUCCAAAACGGCUCUCACAUCAUUUACAAGACUAUUGAUAUAAUUCAGUACAUAGAAAGAAUUGCUGUAGUCUCCGCAGGGUCUGAGGAUAUCAGUAGCAAUAGGAGUGAAGUGAUUGAAUGGAUGAAGAGGAUACAAGAGUGGGAUCCUAAAUAUUUUUCCCUCUCCCAUAUACCAGAGAAACACCGAGUUUACGUUUCCAAGUUCUUAAGGCGUGUGGUGAUUGCUCGUAUGUCGGAAUCCCCUGAAUUAGCAGGUGCAUACCAUAGAAAGUUAAGAGAAGCCUAUCAAACUGAAGAAAAGUUGAAAGACCCUCAUGUUUUGAGAAGGAGUGAGGAGCAUUUGGUUAGAUUGCUUGAUGAUGCGGAAAGACAACUGAGUGAAACACCUUAUUUGGCAGGUGAAGAGUUUAGCAUGGCUGAUGUGAUGCUCAUUCCGAUUUUAGCUCGUUUAAAACUUUUGGAUUUAGAGAAUGAGUACGUAACUGUGAGGCCAAACAUUGCCGAGUAUUGGAUUUUGGUUCAGCAGAGGCCUAGUUAUAGAAAGGUGAUUGCUAAACAUUUUGAUGGCUGGAGAAAGCACAAAACAUUGUUCAAAACUUGGUGCUUUGUUCAUAUUAGAAGUUUGCUUAAGCGGUACUAGUGAGGUACGUACGUACACACAUGGUUGCCAAGAAAUGGUUGAAUAAGUAAAUACAUGAAAGAAAUUUUUGUGUUGUAGAUAAAAAUUUAUGAGAAACCAUGCCCUAUCUUUUUAUUUUUGUUGAAAUAGAAGGGGGAUUCUUUUUUAUUUCUCCCUUACUGCUUGGUGAUGUUAGUUAUUAGUACUGAGAUUGCACUUAUUCUAGAAUGAGAUAGGAGGAAAAUCAAGGUGUGCAUGUAAGUGGUUUGUCUCCAAAAUUUCAUUGUACCAAGUACUGAAACAGUCCAGGGUGCCAUCUUCCUUCGUUGUCAAAAGAAAAGAAGAGGCAAAUUUGUGUGUAUUCAUUCAAUUAGCAAACACUAUGCAAUGUGUAUAUUAUUGAUAUUGAAACAAUGCUUUCUUGUAAGGAUUGUUGCUUGUUAUGUGUGA